ACUGACAUAUGCAUACGCAUGCUAAGAAGUUGUAUAUCUCAUUAUCAAUCCUUAUUCGGUCGGCACAUUAAUUUGUUACUCAUAUUUUAUAAUGUUCCAACGGUCUUUUAAAUAUUAUAAAGCGAAAUGUACUACACCAGAUCUAAACAAUGUUAUUGAUUUUGAUUGCUGUAGCAAUGAGGUUACGGUUACAGAACAACGGAUAUUACAAAAUAGUAUGCGUUUCGAACAACAUUCAAAUAUCUCCAACAAAAACAAUAUUCUGAUGGUUGCUGGGCUAAAACCGCUAAAUGAUUGGCGUUCUUAUACUCUUGAUAAUCAUCCGGGGUUAUUGUUAAUACGAAACCCGUUUACAGAACGAGGUCAGCGUUAUUGGAUUGCUCGCUGUCUGCGAGACUAUCCGAGAACACCAAACAAGGUUAAUUUAAAUGAAAGGCUGUUCCCGGAUUCAGCUAGAUCUGACUGGUGGAAAGAGCUUCAUCAAUGUGCCAAUAUCAUUGAGAUGCAACGACUAAAAUUUGCGAUGCGUUGGACAACAUUUGGUUAUCAUCAUAAUUGGGACACCAAGAUUUACGACGAGUCUAUGCGUUCACCAUUUCCAACUGAUCUGAAAAGCAUGUGUAUUUUUUUUUCAUCUAUUUUGGGCUUCAAUAAUUUUAAGCCCGAAGCUGCUAUUGUCAAUUACUACCCAAUUGGCACAAGUUUAUCUGGUCACACAGAUCAUUCUGAACCUAAUCAUUCUGCUCCACUGUUUUCUUUUAGCUUUGGACAGACAGCAAUAUUUCUCAUCGGUGGAAAAACUAACGAUGAAAUACCAACCGCAUUGUACAUCCACAGUGGUGACGUUUUAAUAAUGUCAGACAAAUCCCGUCUCUGCCAUCAUGCAGUGCCACGUAUUAUCAAAACAAAGGUAUCUUGGACUUCGGAACUGCCAAUUGAAAACAUCGAAACUGAAAUAAUCGGAAAAAACUUAUUGGAUAAUAUCUUGUAUCAGAAAGUGGGCGAGUGGAAUUUCUGGAAACCGUUUUCUCGUUAUCUAGAUGAUUCACGAAUUAAUAUUAAUGUACGACAAGUGCUCAAACCAGGCGAUAGUACACUGUCACAAAAUAAUACUACCUUGUAAUAUAUUAAUGUACAACAAGUGCUCAAACCAGGCGAUAGUACCCUGUCACAAAAUUAUACUACCUUGUAAUAUAAAUUGAAUAUAAUAAACUUAAACGCUUGCAUAUGCUUCUUACUA